ACACGUUAACCACUGAGGCCUCGCUUUGUUCACAGCCUUCUCAUCAUCCGCUUCGCUUGCAUACGCUAUUUCACUAUCAUCUAUCUACGGCUCUAUCCGAACCGCCACUUAAAGCUAUAAAAUGGCAAUGGUUGUUUCAGAAUCAACAUCUAUCUCCACCUCGACAGAUCACGAUCAGCCGUUAACAGUAGCGCCUGGCUCAAGGUGUCUAGUCUGUUUGAACCUCAGCCAAAAUAUUGUGGACGAACCCAACCCAGUCUAUUACGAUGAAUAUAAGACAUCGGUCUGGGGUCCCGGGGGGUUCAGCCUAGUCAACAGAAACCAAAGACAUAGAAGCCCUUCACAAUGCCAAUGCAUUGAGAAGUCGAAGUCGUUAGGCUGCAACUUCUGUGGCUUUCUCAGCGGCAUCAUCGACACAUUCAUUCCUCAUCGAAAGGAUACCAUAGAAAUACAUACAUAAAGAUGUAUUACGUAUAUACCUGAAUCCGAGAAACUAUCACUGCGAUCAGUCAUUAGUGGUUAACUACGAUGAAAUCAUUCAAGUAUAUCGGCUCAAUGACCCGAUAUCAAGACAGCCGGGGCCAACGUAUAAAUAUAUCCCG